AUGGUCGAAGACUACAUCAAAGAAAAACUGACAUGCUACGGUGCUUGUCACCGGCCCAACGAGUACCUGCCUCAUGUGGGAUUUGGUCAGAAGAGUCUUUACAGCAUUGCGGCUGGGCUCGGUUGGGAUGGGCUUGUUCUCAUAGCAACAACAUCCUCCCAUCUUGUAAUGGAAGCAAUUUUGGGGGGGCUGACCUUCGGGUUAGCGGGUGGCAAAGACGUCCUCUACAACCUCCACGUGGUGCCACCUGGGAAUUCGGCUAAGCCGGAGCCAAUGCAGAGACGCAACAAGCCUUCGGAAUAUCUGGAGCAAACCAUUCUCUCCCUUGUGUCUUCAAUCACCGAGCAAUUCCAAAUCGACAGAUCAAUCAACACACCUCGACAGCUCAAAACUGAGCAAUCCACUUCUACCAACGACCACCUGACUCACUGAACAACCACCUAAAGCACUGAACAACCACCUAAAGCACUGAACGAUCAAAUGAAGCACCGAACAGCCAUUGAAAGACUGAACGACCAUCUCAAGCAUGGACCGACCACCUCAAGUACUGAAAAGCAACCAACAACUUAACACCAAAUGAAAAAGCAGUUUAUCAUUGGGAUUAGCCACACGAACAGUUCAGUUCGAUUAUCACCACGAAAGGGAUCAAGUCAAGUGUUGGAUUAUGGGGUUCGCAGCCCGUACGACCCAAGCGACCCCAAGCGACCCCAAGCAUCCCCAAGCAUCCCCAAGCAUCCCCAAGCAUCCCCAAGCAUCCCCAAGCAUCCCCAAGCAUCCUAAUAACAUAGCUAAUGAUUGAACCAGGUAUGCAAAGCGAACGAAACGCAACAAACCCCUUUCGAACCGGACGGAACGAACGAACCGAAUUAACCGAAUGCCUCGCAAGGGACCAGUCGAGCCGAUGCACCAGACGGACGAGAUGGCUAGCUUUGAUCAUGGAACCUAAAUACCUUGACGACUACGAAUGAAUGGCAGAGCACCAUUGUAUUGAACUCGAAGUGUAUUUUCUGACCUUAUGACUGACUCAUAAAGUUAAUACCGCUACCACCUUCUAAUUGCCCCGAACCUUCUUCCCCAGCAGUAACGACAUAUAUGCCAUCACAAAACUUUCUUCAGGUCAAGCUUUUCUCAUACAUCAGUAUUUCUCGAUAAAUCUGAUGGCUGUGCGCCAUACCUGCAGGAAGAUCCACACGUCGACCACGGACACGAUUGAGUACUAAUAGCGAGAUGGCCAAAGAAACAGCAUGGAAUACAGUCAGGACCGCUCGAUCUCGUUCUUUGGUGGCAGUGAACACGUAAACACGCGCAGAGAUGGAAAGGGACACAGUGAGAGACCUAUUGAUUGAGAUUUCUGUGUAUUGUUCGUCAUGGAAUGCACACAUUACCGAGCAGAGCAUUCGGCCUUCGACCAUAGCGACAUUCGCCUUUUAUCUAUAUUGUUCAAGGAGAGCAUCGCUAUUACCGCUCCGGGGAGUACAUAACGCUAGUGGCUAUCAUAAAACGACAGAGGAGAAAGGGUUCGGACAUUGGAAUCGAAUUUGAGUGCUCUUUUCUAAGAAAGUAAGGACUCAAAUAGCCGUCGGUAAAAGAGUUUCAAGACUAGCAAUGCAAAGGCUUAGGAACACGAUCAAUGUACAGAUUUGAUGCUAUUGAGGGUCAGAUGGUUAAUGAGAAUGAUCAGGAAACCGAUACAUUAGGAGUCCAUGUGCGCUCAACGGGAAAUCCUCAACAGGUUAUUUUUGCAUCGUUCGUGCGAGGCGCGUGAUGUAAGCAUCAGUUGUCAGGUCUAUUAAUAUAUUCAAGUGCGAAUGACUCUGGGCUUGUGCG